AGAGAAGCCCAAAUGGAGAAAAUGUUAUAAGAAAUGAACAAAAGCCCAAUGGCAGCACACAAAAAAAGCCUAACAGUAUUCGAAAUUUCGAUGAAUAUAAAAAGCGGAGUGUCACGUAAACAUUAAGAGUAAUAUUUCCGUUCUCUCUCUCUCUCUCUCUAAAACAUAAAACUUCACUAAACAUCUUCUCCUCUCUCUUAUAUAUUUUUUUUCACCUCUCUCUCUCUCGUCGCAAACUUCGUUCUCGUCGUAACAAAGAGGGCGGGGUGGAAAAUUGAAGAGAGAAGAAUUGAAGGUUUAUCGGAAUUCUGGAAGUGUUAAUUGUUCGGAGAGAGUGUCGUUUUGUUGGUUGGGUUGGAAUUAGAUUAGAUCUGUUGUUUUAUCUUUUCCCUUUUCUGGAGGGAGGAGACUUCACAGAGAGAUGAAGAGGUUGCGGGAUGAGGUGUAUAUGAACCCUCAAUUUAAGCGGCCAUUUACUUCUUCGUCUCGGGAAUCGUUUGGGCCCUCACAAGCUCCUAAUGUCGGCGGGGGCGGGGGAGCGGGAGCCGGAGCAGGACCUGGAGCCGGAGCAGGACCCGGACCCGGAGCAGGAGUUGGAGCCGGACCUGGAGGAGGUGGUGGUGUUAGUGGUAGUAAUAAUGGUGUUGGUACCGGAGUUAGUGACAGUGGUGCCAUCGUUCCUGCUACUAGUACACAAAAGCUUACUACAAACGAUGCAUUGAGUUAUUUGAAGCAAGUUAAGGACAUGUUCCAAGACCAGAGAGAAAAAUAUGAUAGGUUCCUUGAUGUCAUGAAAGAUUUUAAAGCGCAAAGAGUUGAUACUUCUGGUGUCAUUGGAAGGGUAAAGGAUUUGUUUAAAGGGCACCCUAAUCUAAUUCUUGGCUUCAACACAUUCUUGCCGAAGGGUUAUGAGAUUACCCUCACUGAUGAAGAGGAGGCUCCACCAAAAAGGACAGUUGAAUUUGACGAGGCUAUCAAUUUCGUUAAUAAAAUCAAGACUCGUUUUCAAAAUGACGACCAUGUUUAUAAAUCUUUCCUGGACAUCUUGAAUAUGUACCGUAAGGAACACAAGGGUAUAACUGAGGUUUACCAAGAGGUUGCAGCCCUGUUUGAUGACCAUCCAGAUCUUCUUGACGAGUUCACUCGAUUUCUACCAGAUACUUCAGCUAUUGCUCCAGCUCCUCAUGCUUCUAUUGGUCGUCAUUCUUUACAGCGUUAUGAUGAAAGGAGCUCUGCGUUGACCACAGUAAGGCAGUCUCAAAUAGAUAAGCGACCACGCAGGGAUAGGCUGCUUAUUGAACCCAAUAGAGAACGAGAUAUUAGCGUGGAGCGUCCUGAUAUGGAUGAUGAUAAAACGGUAACGAAGUUGCAAAGGGAUCAGAGGAAACAUAUUGAAAGGGAAAAUAGGAGAAACCGUGACCAGGAUGACAGAGAUCCCGACACUGAGAAUAAUGGUGACAUCAGCAUGCUCCGGCAUUCUGACAAAAAGAAGUCUGCUCGGAAAGUUGAAGAGUUUGGUGGGAAUUCAAAUUUGGAUGACAAGGAUGCAUUGAAAAGUGUGUAUAGCCAGGAGUUCAAUUUUUGUGAGAAAGUCAAAGAGAGGCUAAGGAGUUCGACUGAGUACCAGGCAUUCUUAAAAUGCCUUAACAUUUACAGUUCAGAAAUCAUUACCAGAAAAGAAUUGCAGAGUUUGGUUGCUGAUUUACUUGGAAAAUAUCCAGAUCUUAUGGAGGGUUUCAAUGAAUUUUUAGAGCGUUGCGAGCAAAUUGAUGGAUUGCUAGCUGGUGUCGUCGGUAAAACAGAAACGAGUGAAGGGACUUCAUCGAAAGCCCAGAGAACAGAUGACAAAGACAAAGAACCAAAGCGUGAAACUGAAGGAGGGAAAGAGAAGGAUAGGUACAAUUUGAAGUACUGGGGAAAAUCCAUUCAAGAGCUUGACCUUUCCAAUUGUCAACGUUGCACUCCCAGUUAUCGGCUUCUUCCCGAGGAUUAUCCGAUAUCUUCAGCUAGCCAGAGGUCAGAGCUUGGUGCUCAAGUUCUAAACGAUCAUUGGGUGUCUGUGACAUCUGGCAGUGAGGAUUACUCCUUUAAACACAUGAGACGAAACCAGUAUGAAGAAAGCCUGUUCAGAUGUGAAGAUGAUAGAUUUGAGCUAGACAUGUUGCUGGAGUCUGUCAGUUCAACUGCCAAGCGAGCAGAGGAAUUGUUAAACAGUAUGAAUAAUAAUACAAUUGGUUCGGAUGGUCCGGUACGAAUUGAGGACCAUUUCACAGCUCUCAAUUUAAGAUGCACUGAACGACUAUAUGGUGACCAUGGUCUCGACGUGAUGGACAUUUUGCGUAAAAAUGCAUCUAUGGCUUUGCCUGUUGUCCUGACUCGUCUGAAGCAGAAGCAAGAGGAAUGGACUAAGUGUCGUUCAGAUUUUAACAAAGUUUGGGCUGAAAUAUAUUCUAAGAACCAUCACAAGUCUCUGGACCAUCGCAGCUUCUAUUUUAAGCAACAGGAUUCUAAAAACUUGAGCACAAAAUACUUAGUGGCAGAAAUUAAAGAAAUCAAGGAGCAAAAGCAGAAUGAGGAUGAUAUACUUCGUACUAUUGCUGCUGGAAGUAGAUACUCUAUCGCUCCAAACAUCGAAUUCGAAUACGCUGACAAUGAAGUUCAUGACGAUGUCUUUAAAAUUAUCAAGUACUCGUGCGAAGAAGUCUGCUCAACAAAAGGAUCAGUUCACCAAGUUUUAAAGUUCUGGACCUCUUUUCUUGACCGAUCUCGCAAUGGCUACAUUAAAAGUGAAGGAUAUCUUGAUGCUGAGCAACCAAAGUCUAACUGCAAUGGUGAUUCUAAUACAUCGCCUGAUUUUAUGAAUGUUGAUAAGUUGCCCAAAGAAGGACUACCAUUGGCUUCUGGCGAAAAAUUAACUAACCUUGACAUAGGUGUUGUUUCAGGACCAGGCCUUAAUCAUGAUUCUUCGAGAGUGAGUAAUGGGCUCAUCGAGGAGGUUAAUGAAGUCAAACCUAAAACAGGAGAUAUGCCUUCCUCAGAGGAUAUAAUAAUGAGGACAACUGUAGACUCAGUAGAAGGGCCUAAACUUUCUGGAUUCAAUGACGGUUCUAUCGAUCCUGGUAAAAACGAGAAAGAAGAGGGCGAGCUCUCCCCUAAUGGUGAUUUCGAGGAUAAUUUUGGAAAUUCAAAUGAAGCAAUGCAAGUUCAAAUGGAAGAGAUUGUUGCAGAUGCUCGUGGUGAAAACAAUGUAGAUGGUGAUGACGUGGACAGUGAAAAUGUUUCCGAGGCCGGUGAAGAUAUUUCAGGCAGUGAAUCUGCAGCCGAUGAGUGUUCAAGGGAAGAGCAAGAAGACAUUGAAGGUAAAGCCGAGAGUGAAGGUGAGGCGGAGAAUACCAGUCAUGGUGUAGAUGGUGCAGUGGUCCCACAAUCUGAACGUUAUUUGCUCACUUCUAAGCCUCUGUCUAAGCAUGUGGCUUCCCCACUAAUUGGUGAUGGGCGAAAUGGUAAACGAGUGUUCUAUGGGAACGACACCUUUUACGUGCUUUUUAGGCUUCAUCAGACUCUGUAUGAGAGAGUACUAUCUGCUAAAGUUAACUCAGCGAGUGAGUCAAAAUGGAGAACCACAAAGGAUGCGAGUUCCGAUCCAUAUGCCAGGUUCAUGAGUGCUCUAUUUAGUUUACUUGAUGGAUCUUCUGAUAAUUCAAAAUUUGAAGACGAUUGCCGAUCUUUGAUUGGAAACCAAUCGUACAUGCUGUUCACUUUGGAUAAGUUGAUAUAUAAGUUGGUCAAACAGCUCCAAACCGUGUCAAGUGAAGAGGUGGACUGUAAGCUGGUUCAGUUGUACGAAUACGAAAAAUCUAGAAAGCCGGAGAAGUUUAUCGACUCGGUUUAUUACGAAAAUGUCCAUGUUCUUUUGCAUGACGAGAAUAUAUACCGGCUUGAAUGUACAUCAUCUCCCACCCGCUUAUCGUUCCAAUUAAUGGACGACGCAAAUGAGAAGGCUGAAGUUGUUGCAGUCUCUGUAGAUCCAAAUUUCGCAGCAUAUCUUCACAAUGAUUAUCUUUCGGUUAAUCAUGGAAAAAAGGAGUCUUCUGCGGUUAUGCUUAAGAGGAAUAUGCGCAAGUAUGCCAACAUGGAUGAAUCUACUGCUCUGUAUAUGGCAACUGAGAAUGUUCAGAUCAUGAACGGGUUGGAAUGUAAAAUGUCAGCAACCACAUCAAAGAUAUCGUAUGUGCUGGACACAGAGGACAGCUUUAUUCGAUUGGGAAGGAGAAGGAAUGUAUCAACAGAUAGAUCAUCUGCCAAAUACAAGGCAAGGGUACAGAGGUUUCACCAGUUUUUGGACGCCUCUAUGGCUUAACAGAUAUCUCCAUUUGAGAUUUCAGUGAUGUACUUGUACAAUUAUGUACGAUUAGAGAGUAUUGCUCGUGCAAUUUUAUUUAUUUUGUUGUCUGAACCAAAAAAAAUAAUCGUGACGGAGGUGAGUGACUUACUUGGGACCGAGUGGCGCACAAGCACCAUUAUCUCUGUACAUAAGUAAGGUUUGGGCCCCCCCACCCUAAGCUAUUAAGUGUAGAGAUUAAUGUGUUGUUUUAUUUACUUACCUGUUUCUUCCUGUAAUAGACUUUUAUUGUGAGAUUAUGGCUGUGGUUUUCAGCUUCAUAUACUGUAAGAGAUACACAGACACUGGGUAGGGAGAAAUAGUAUAGCAGUAUUUGACUUCCAACUUUUUUAAUUUUAUUUUAUAUAUAUAUGUAUAUGUAUAGAGUCCAUUUUCCAG